UAUUGAAAGUGAUGCGUACAGUGACGGUAUACACCACCGGACAAUACAUUUUUCCCGCCAAUUUUCUAUCUGUUACGGCGGCGAUUAUUUACUUAGUCUUAGAUCGGAUUCAUAGUUAAAGAAAAGAAAAAGAUGAAGAUUCAACGAACAGUAGAGGAAGCAAUAGUACUCCUUCGUAAACGACUCUGUGAUCCCGAUUUCAUCUUCUCCUUAUUCUCCGAUUCUCCCGAUAGCAACUACAGCAAGUUGAAAUUUAUCGUAUCAAGUUCGGUAACUGAGGCCUGUAACAAUUCAAUCUUGCUUCUAGGUCCUCGAGGAUGCGGCAAAAAUGCGGUGUUGGAUCUUGUUCUAGAAGAUUUGUUGAAAGAGUAUCCUGACAUGAUAUCAGUGAUUAAACUGAAUGGGCUUUUGCACUGUGAUGAUAAUUGUGCUCUAAAGGAAAUUGCUAGACAAUUAUGUAUUGAACAUGAACUGAUGUUCUCUAAAAUGGCGUCAUCUGAUGAUAAUUCUCAGUUCAUGAUAGCCAUGUUACGAGAAUGCGGAUUAGCACACAAGACAGUAGUUUUUGUAUUGGACGAGUUUGACCUUUUUGCUCAGGGUAAGCAAAGAUUACUGUAUAGCUUGUUGGAUGCAAUGCAAUCUGUAUCGUCACAAGCUGUUGUCAUCGGUAUUAGUUGUCGACUGGAUGCGGAUCAGCUGUUGGAAAAACGAGUACGAUCUCGGUUCUCACACAGGAAACUGCUGUUUCUUCCUCCACAAAAGGAUGAUUUACAGAGACUGUUGAAACACAUUUUACUGUUGCCAACGGAUUCAACCCUUCCUCAUGACUAUGUAACUGAUUUUAAUUCACGAAUUUCCAACAUAAUAGCAGAUAAAAAGUUCAAUGAAAUCAUUGAUAAAUUAACAGAUGCUGACUGCACCGUUAGUAAUUUCGUGCGGUUUCUGUUUUCUGCUGUAUGUUGCAUUGAUUCUAAAAGUGGUUAUAUGACACUUGAGAACUUUAAAUCUGCACUUUCAACCGUUCAAAGGCAGCCCAAGUUGGAUUGUCUAAAAGAUUGCUCAAUUCUGGAGCUUUAUAUAAUGGUUUGCAUAAGGAGGUUGGAAUUCAAAGAACAAGAAUCAUAUAAUUUCAAUUCCGUAAUGAAAGAAUACAAAACUAUAUAUGAUUCAGUUCAGAAUGUGGAUAAUUAUUCACGUAAUGUAUGCUUACGGGCCUUUGAGCACCUUCUUGAUCGCCAGUUAAUCGAGUUUGCAGAUAGGGGACAUAAUCAGUGUAUUGAAUUCCGCUCAGUGAAGCUGCUAAUUUCACCUGCUGAACUGCAUCAAGGGUUGAAAUCAAAUCGUUCAUGUCCAGCUAUCCUUCAGAAGCUAAUGAAUCAAGAAGCGAAAUUUGUUGCGAACGGUUAGUACUAGAAACAAAAUGUAUGCGCAACAAAAUGUAUGCGCAACGGCAUUAUGAAGACUGAUGAUAUGAGAUGAGACAUCAGAUUUGUUAUUUUGAUUGAUCUUUAUGUUUUGCAUAUUGUAUAAGUUUGAAUGUAUUGUCCUUAACAAAGCUAAGACUAUAGUAAGUGAUGAUCAUGACCUGCUAA